GGCGACUUGUUGAAUCCAUGCCGGUGCGACGGCUCAGUGCGUUACACUCACCAGCACUGCCUGCUGAAGUGGAUCAGCGAGCGGGGCUGCUGGACCUGCGAGCUCUGCUGCUAUCGCUUCCACGUCAUCGCCAUCAACAUGAAGAGACCGUGGCAGUGGCAGUCUAUCACCAUCACCCUGGUGGAGAAGGUGCAGAUCAUCGCCGUGUUCCUGGGUUCCCUCUUUUUGGUGGCCAGCAUCUCCUGGCUGCUGUGGUCGGCUCUCAGCCCGCAGGCCAUCUGGCAGCGCCGAGACGUCCUCUUCCAGAUCUGCUAUGGCAUGUACGGCUUCAUGGACCUGGUCUGCGUAGGCUUGAUUGUCCAUGAGGGGGCAGCAGUGUACAACGUCUUCAUGCGCUGGCGAGCCGUUAACCUCCACUGGGACGUCCAGGGUUAUGAUAAGGCAAAGGACAUGGAGGAGAUGAGCACCGGUCAUUCCUCAUUGGCCCCCAGGACGCUCUGGUUGCCCCUGGCCACCUUUGGCCCCAAUGGCCCCUUACACUCCACCCAGCUGGGGCCACAGCCAUGGACCUGCCUCUGUUUGGCCCCAUUCUGUCCUGGCUUCGUGCCGCGAAAUAACCUCAGCCAGGACGGUGACUCAGGAGAGGUCGUCAUUCGUGUCACAUCGGUGUAGGAAGAAAAAUUCUGAUGGUUCAACCUUGGUUGUAACAAUCUGAGCUUUGCUGGGAUUUCAUUUCUGUAUUCUCUGUGAUGCUACAUGAUUUCCUGAAGCAUUAAAGCAGUUUGCUCUGGGGCCGGUCCUCAAAACUAUCUCAACAGUUAAAUGAACCCACAUGUGGUUUAAUCCUGAGUAAAAAUAUUCUUCCAUUGGCUCAAUGUUCAUGUCACGUAGGAACGACGUGUUCACCAACCUGUCAAUCACAUGUCACGACGGUGUAGGUUAGCCACGUGAGAGUUAAUGGAUACUGUGCACGGUCAAUGUCCACAUCCCUCAAAUUUAGGUUUAGGAGUUCGGUUGAUUCAUAGCAUCCAUGCUCAUGCACUUCUUGUUCAGAUGAACUCAGCAGUAAGGCUGAUGUGUGCUGAGUAUGAAGGAAAGGAAUUAAUCCAACAGUGAUUUUAUUGGACCAUCGCUUGAAAGAAAUGUAAUUUGGCACCAAGGAGAAAAAUGGUGACUAAUUUCCAAUAUAAAUAUAAACGCAAUUUUUCAUUAACUCAGAAUUUAGGCUCUGUUCUCUUUGGAAUCGUUUUGAGAUAAUUUGCAGCGCGGGGGUGGGGUGGGGUUGAUGCUCGACCAAUCACGAGUCAGUCUCAGCUGUCAAUCAUGAAGUUUUACCCCCUUUUACAUAUCAUCAAAUAACUAAUUCAGACCAAAUGUGAAAACUUGAACAAACAUCAAUGUGAUCGUCUUUGAGAAACAUGUGACUUUUUAAUUCGGUCCAUGUCCCAUCUUCUAACAUGGAGGACACAAGGUGUAUGAUACACUACAGCCACCAGGGGGCGGUUUAGAUGCUUUGACUUCACCUGUAGGGAGCCGUCCUGUCCUCCAUCUUUGUUUACAGUCUGUGGUCAGAAGCCAAACUGACAUGAAAUUCUGAUCAUUUGUUGGUUUACAUUAAAAAACAUCAGGUAACUCUUCGUACAAACACGUCUGGAACCUUCUGUCACAGGAUUUUCCUUCGUAGGAAUCAUUUAGAAGAACCCGCUGAAUUUUCCAGCGACUCUUUGACCAACGAGCGUUCAGGAUUCAGUUCAUGAGGCAGAUUGAGCACAAGAGAAACCCCUGAUGUCAGGAAGAGGUUCUACCCGCGAUGUUUCAUGUCUUAUCUCCCACUGUCUGUAUAUGCUGGCGUUUCAACAACUGUGUUUGCUGCUACACAGGAUCGAUCCUCCGAUGACUUGUGUAAAUACAGUUGAACACGUUGUUUUGACCUGUCCCCUCUGUUGAGCUUCCAGGAGCCCUGUGUAGUUUUGGGGUGUGUGUCAUUGGAUUUUGUUUGGUGCCUUAGGAGGCUGGGGGUCGACGUUGCAAUGUGCAGCACAGAAACGACUUGAAUGUGACUUUUGCUGUUGGCUGUAUUUCUAUUUUCUUUUGAAUGUAAC